AUGAGAGACGGUCGCAGUGUCUCACGCGACCACCGACACGAGAAAUCGCCGGAACGGCGAUACAACAAGAAACACCACCGCAGCGCUUCCCGUGAUCUAAGUCGUCAACACGAUUCGGACGAGGAUCGGAGAUACCGAAAUACCAAACGCACGAGAAACGACCACACCAUAAUGGGAGCUACACCCUUCACAGAAAGAAUCUUAAGAGCGAAACUUCCCAAAGGUUUCGACAAACCCACCGACAUGAAGUAUGAUGGAACCAAGGACCCUCAGGAACAUCUAACGGCCUUCGAGGCCAGAAUGAACCUAGAAGGAGCGGCCGACACAGUCCGGUGCAGAGCCUUCCCGGUAACCCUUGCCGGACCGGCGAUCAAAUGGUUCAACGCCCUCCCGAACGGAUCCAUAGCCAGCUUCCACGACAUAGCACGAAAAUUCAUGGCCCAGUUCACGACCAGAAUCACCAAAGCCAAACACCCCAUCAGCUUAUUAGGGGUCACACAAAAGCAAGAAGAAUCCACAAGGAAAUACCUCGACCGCUUCAACGACGAAUGCCUAACGGUCGACGGACUCACAGAUUCCGUUGCAAGCCUUUGCCUGACUAACGGGCUCAUGAAUGAAGAUUUUCGCAAGCACCUCACUACUAAACCAGUAUGGACCAUGCACGAAAUCCAGAACGUCGUCAAAGACUACAUCAACGACGAAGAAGUCAGCCAGGUCGUCGCUGCCAACAAGCGGCAGCACGCCAACACCCAACACGGCAAUUCGGCUCCCCGUCAUAACCCAACACCCAAAGAGAAUCAACGGGACCAUCCCAGACCGACCAAACGGCCACCAAGAAUAGGCAAAUUCUCUAAUUACACGCCCCUAACAGCACCAAUUACGGAGAUAUACCAUCAAAUAGCAGAUCGAGGCAUCAUUCCAAGAGCCUGA